AAUAUCCACAAGAACGACCGGAUAAGAGGGCACAAGAUCAUUGAACGAUGGCAAUCGUGAGCAAGGUGUAUUGCUCACCGGUGGAGGCUGCCCUUGUCGUUCGGAGGAGGCCGCACGCUGUCGGCGGUGGAGGGUUCGUGGUGACAGAUUGCAGCAGCACACGAGUGAUUUUCCGGGUCGAUGGAUGUGGAGUGCUUGGUACGAGCAGCGAGCUUGUUGUUAGGGAUGGAGACGGAGACACCCUCCUCCUCAUCCGCCGCAAGGCAGGAGGGAUCAUUGAAGCAAUGAGCAUCCACAAGAAAUGGAAGGGCUACAUAUAUGACUAUGAAGGUUCCCAGAAGCUGGUGUUCAGCAUCAAGGAGCCCCAUUCAACAUCCUCAAUAUCAUGCUUCUCCGGGAGCUCAUCAUCUUCGGCUAUCAAAAUCUCUCUGGAGCCCAGGAAAAUCAACGGUCCAGAUGGGAUCUUCCACAUCAAGGGUCACUUCCCAGAUAGGGAUUGUAGCAUCGUUGACUCUGGAGGCAACCCAAUAGCACAGAUACAGAAAGAGAUGGGCGAAUUAAUGGCGAGCAAGGAUGUGUACCGUGUGAUCGUGAGGGCUGGAAUCGACCAAGCCUUUGUCUGUGGAGUCAUUGCUGUUCUUGACCACAUCUAUGGUGAAUCCACCGUCUGCUAAAAGUCAAGAACUGCCCAAAAGCCCUGAUCAUGAGAGAUUAUCCCAAUUCUCUCCCUGACAUCGUCUAUUUAUUCAUGUAAACACGCAUUAAGAUUUUUCUUACACGAAAGAAGUCGAGUAUGAUUCUGGUACAUCUGAUUCUUUAAAUGUACAGCAAGUCUUGGUUGGUGUAUUUGGAUGAGUAUGCUGAGUUGGAUGUUUAUACUGUAGGAGUUUAUACUGUACUAGUUAACCACGCAAAGGUCGAUGGAAUUUCUUUCUUU